CUUGCAAAGCAGCGCAGGUCGAGACAGGAACUUCAUAAAUACGUGAAAUUAGGUAAUACAGAAGGAGAAUAUCUGCAAUAGUGCAGACAUGGAUGAAAAUAUAGAUGUCAAUGCAGACAACACUAAGAUUCAUUCUAAUAAAACAGAGGAGAAGGCAUCAAGCUGGAGCCCUGGAACUGGACCCAAAGAGUCUCCCGGGAAACGACUCUACAGAAGAGCUUCAGUGUGUCUAGGGUUGUUGUGUGUUCUCCUACUUACAGCCCUCAUAGUGCUGAGUCUUUACUACAAAACAAGUGCUGAGGACACUGAGGUCCAGCUCAAUGGUCUCAAAGGUGAAAGAGACCAAUUGAAGAACUAUUAUCAUUACUGCCUUGCAAAGCAAAUCUGCCCCCAGGGGUGGGUAGAUUUCAGCUCAAGGUGUUACUACAUCUCCUGUCAGCAGAAGAAUUGGUUCGAAAGCCAGCAGGACUGUAAACAGAGAGGAGCUGAUCUGGCGAUCAUCAACAGCGGAGAGGAACAGGAAUUCAUCAAUAACUUGAACAAGAGAAUUUGGAUUGGACUGACAGACACAGACAAGGAAGGGUCUUGGAACUGGGUGGAUGGCACAAACCUGACCAUAAGGUUCUGGAAACAAAAUGAGCCCAAUGAUGCCGGUGGAAAAGAGGAUUGUGCAGAGAGUGCGGUAGAAUUCAACCCACAGAUGAUCUGGAACGAUAUACCAUGCGAACUCCAGCGAUACUGGAACAUUCAGAACCACAACCUCUGCUGCACUGCCACCAACCUUCAGCCCUGA